GUAAAAACCGAGUCUGCGACGGGAGAGAGGAGUGGGGCUUGGCGAAACCGCUCAACCCACAGAAUGGGCGAUUUAUAACAUUUUAACACUCGAGUGUCACUAUUUUCACAACAAACAAAUUCUACAACGAUUAUUUUACAAGAUUCAGUAGCUAUGUCGGCAACAUUGUCGCGCGGCUCGCUCCAACCGGGCCAGCAGAAGCUGGCCGAGAAAUUUACCAUUCUGAACGACCGGGGCAUCGGGAUGCUCACUCGUGUCUAUAAUAUCAAGAAGGCAUGUGGUGACCCCAAAGCCAAACCAUCCUAUCUAAUAGACAAGAACCUGGAGUCUGCUGUCAAGUUCAUUGUCAGAAAAUUCCCAGCGGUUGAAACACGCAACAACAAUCAACAGCUUGCACAACUACAAAAAGAGAAGUCUGAAAUCCUUAAGAAUCUAGCGUUGUAUUACUUCACAUUCGUAGAUGUGAUGGAGUUUAAGGACCAUGUCUGUGAGCUGCUGAACACUAUCGAUGCUUGCCAAGUAUUCUUUGAUAUUACUGUAAACUUUGACCUGACCAAAAACUACCUUGACUUAGUAGUGACCUACACUAACCUAAUGAUGCUACUGUCUCGGAUUGAAGAGAGGAAAGCUAUCAUUGGCCUCUACAACUAUGCCCAUGAAAUGACACAUGGAUCAAGUGAUCGAGAGUACCCUAGGCUGGGACAGAUGAUCGUUGACUACGAGAACCCGCUGAAAAAGAUGAUGGAGGAGUUUGUUCCACAUGGGAAGUCGUUGUCAGACGCCCUGCUCUCCCUCCAGAUGGUGUACCCCAGGAGAAACCUGUCUGCUGACCAGUGGAGGAACGCCCAGCUACUCAGUCUCAUCAGUGCUCCUAGCACCAUGCUCAACCCAGCCCAGUCAGACACAAUGCCCUGUGAAUACUUGUCCCUGGACGCCAUGGAGAAGUGGAUAGUAUUUGGCUUCAUCUUGUGUCAUGGGGUCUUGAACAGCGACCAGGCAGCUCUGAGCCUGUGGAAGUUGGCUCUUCAGAGCAGCACCUGCCUCUGUCUCUUCAGAGACGAGGUGUUCCACAUCCACAAGGCUGCUGAGGACCUCUUCAUCAACAUCCGCGGCUACAAUAAGCGUGUGAAUGACAUCAAAGAGUGCAAAGAACAAGCUCUGUCACAUGCAGGCUUGAUGCACAGAGAAAGACGCAAGUUCUUGAGAUCUGCCCUGAAGGAGCUGGCCACAGUCCUAUCUGACCAGCCAGGAUUACUGGGCCCUAAGGCCCUGUUUGUAUUCAUGGCUCUGUCGUUCGCUCGGGAUGAGAUCAUUUGGCUGCUACGACAUGCAGACAACAUCCAGAAGAAGAGCACAGAUGACUUUAUUGACAAGCACAUCGCAGAGCUGAUCUUCUACAUGGAGGAGCUGAGGGCCCAUGUGAGGAAGUAUGGUCCUGUCAUGCAGAGGUACUAUGUCCAGUACCUGUCUGGCUUCGAUGCCGUGGUGCUCAACGAGCUAGUACAGAAUCUGUCCGUCUGUCCUGAGGAUGAGUCCAUUAUCAUGUCCUCCUUCGUCAACACCAUGACUUCCCUCGGCGUCAAACAAGUGGAAGACGGGGACGUGUUUGAUUUCAGGGGCAUGAGGCUGGACUGGUUCAGAUUGCAGGCCUAUACUAGCGUGUCCAAGGCUUCUCUGGGCAUCGCAGACCACCGUGAGCUAGGCAAGAUGAUGAAUACCAUUAUAUUCCACACCAAGAUGGUGGAUUCCCUGGUGGAGAUGCUGGUGGAGACGUCUGACCUCUCCAUAUUCUGCUUUUACAGUCGUGCGUUUGAGAAGAUGUUCCAGCAGUGUUUGGAGCUGCCAUCCCAGUCUCGUCACUCCAUCUCCUUCCCUCUGCUCUGUACCCACUUCAUGAGCUGCACCCAUGAGCUCUGUCCUGAGGAGAGGCAUCACAUAGGCGACCGUAGCUUGUCCCUGUGCAACAUGUUUCUGGAUGAGAUGGCUAAACAGGCCCGCAACCUCAUCACAGACAUCUGCACCGAGCAAUGCACGCUCAGCGACCAGCUGCUGCCAAAACAUUGUGCCAAAACCAUCAGUCAGGCGGUGAACAAGAAGUCAAAGAAGCAGACUGGGAAGAAAGGAGAGCCUGAGAGAGAGAAGCCUGGAGUAGAGAGCAUGAGGAAGAACAGGCUGCUGGUCACCAACCUGGAUAAGCUUCACACAGCUCUAUCCGAGCUGUGUUUCUCCAUCAAUUAUGUACCCAACAUGGUGAUAUGGGAACACACCUUCACUCCCAGGGAGUACCUCACCUCACACCUGGAGAUCCGCUUCACCAAGUCUAUCGUGGGGAUGACCAUGUAUAACCAGUCGACCCAGGAGAUAGCCAAACCGUCUGAGCUGCUGACCAGUGUCAGGGCCUACAUGACUGUGCUCCAGAGCAUAGAGAACUAUGUUCAAAUAGAUAUCACCAGGGUGUUCAACAAUGUGCUACUGCAGCAGACACAACAUCUGGACAGUCACGGAGAACCAACCAUCACCAGCCUCUACACCAACUGGUAUCUGGAGACCUUACUGCGCCAAGUAAGUAACGGACACAUUGCUUACUUCCCAGCCAUGAAGGCUUUUGUCAACCUGCCUACGGAGAACGAGCUCACCUUCAAUGCAGAGGAAUACUCUGAUAUCUCAGAGAUGCGGUCCCUGUCAGAGCUGCUGGGGCCCUAUGGGAUGAAGUUCCUCAGUGAGAGUCUCAUGUGGCAUAUCUCCUCCCAGGUGGCCGAGCUCAAGAAACUGGUGGUGGACAACGUUGAGGUUUUGACCCAGAUGAGGACCAGCUUUGACAAGCCUGGAGAAAUGGCUGCUCUGUUCAAGAAGCUCUCAUCAGUCGACAGUGUUCUGAAACGGAUGACCAUCAUCGGCGUUAUCCUCUCAUUCCGAUCACUGGCUCAGGAGGCACUCCGAGAUGUGUUGUCGUGCCACAUCCCAUUCCUGGUGAGCUCAGUGGAGGACUUCAAGGAUCACAUUCCCAGAGAGACCGACAUGAAGGUGGCCAUGAAUGUCUAUGAGCUGUCCUCUGCAGCAGGCCUGCCCUGUGAGAUAGACCCUGCCUUAGUGGUGGCCCUCUCCUCCCAGAAGUCAGAGAACAUCAGUCCUGAGGAGGAGUACAAGAUAGCGUGCCUGCUGAUGGUCUUUGUGGCAGUCUCUAUGCCCACCUUGGCAAGCAACGUCAUGUCCCAGUAUAGCCCUGCUAUUGAAGGUCACUGCAACAACAUCCACUGUCUGGCUAAAGCUAUUAACCAGAUCGCUGCAGCUUUAUUCACCAUCCACAAGGGCAGCAUCGAGGACCGCCUCAAAGAGUUCCUCGCACUUGCCUCCUCCAGUUUGCUGAAGAUCGGCCAGGAGACUGACAAAACCACAACAAGGAACAGAGAAUCUGUCUACUUGCUCCUGGAUAUGAUUGUGCAGGAGUCCCCAUUCCUGACCAUGGACCUUCUGGAGUCCUGCUUCCCCUAUGUGCUACUCCGUAACGCAUACCACGCCGUCUACAAGCAGAGUGUGCCUUCCUCAACCUGAAAGCCCUGAGAGGAGGUGAAAAGAGGAGGAGGAGGAGGAGAGGCUAGAGAGGAGGAGGAGGAGAGGCUAGAGAGGAGGAGGAGG